UUAAGAAAUGAAUGUCGGUCACGUGAUGAACGACGCCAUUUUUUCUUGGACGCUUAAUAGCCGCUGCCAUUAAUAGGUGUGUCAUCUUCAUCAAAAAUGGAACACGACGACCACCCCAGCGCCGUCAUUUGCAGCUUCUGCGGGAAUGCGUACACGCUACCCGAAAAUGAAGUUGAAGGGAAUCCACCUCGCGUGUUGAUAUGUGGCCACAUCUUCUGCACAUCCUGCCUGCAGUCCAUUGAGUGCAGCAACGUCGUGAGGUGCCCUGAGUGUGAGGUUGCGUCAAGCCUACCAGAAGAGGGCGUAUUUGGGCUGCAGGAGGAUGCACGGAUCAUUGGCCUCAUCUACACAAUUAAAAUGAACAAGACAAGAAGCCAGAGGUUUGAGAAGUCAAACAGUCGCAUAAGAAUGUAUGCAUCCCCAAACGUCGAUGGCAACAGCGAUGAGGAGCAGCCAGUGAAUCUUGAGGAGAUUGAGAAGGCCAUAGACGAAGCAUUGGCCACAGCCGCAGAAAAUCUGGCCAAACUGGAGUAUUUACACGAGACCUUGACUACAGGCUUUGCCGAGCAGGUCAAGCAAGAGCGAACCCGACUGGAGACAGAGAUCAACCAGGCUGCUGACAACGCGCUGAACGCCACCCAGAAGUGGCGAGAUGUGCAGCUCAGUCAGCUGAACAAACUGGAAGCUCGCUUCUCCAACAGCCAGGCAGAGGUGUGCAGUGUCAAAGAUAGGAUCACUUUGCUGGAGAAUGCCAUGCAGAAAGUCAAGAAAGUGCGCUGUGUGCCCUUCCUGAAACAAUACGGUGACUUGGAUAAGGUUUUGGAGACUCUGCAGGCCCCUGUGGAUAACCAGUCCUUCGGUAUGAAGUGCCUGACCUUGGGCUCUGGAAUGAGUGUUAUUUUCAGGUCACUUCAUCAGGCACAGAGUGUGGGCUUGUUUAUCAAGAUGGACAUGAGCAAGCCAAACACCCUGCCUGUUAUGCCUCCCCCACUCUACCAACAUGGCGGCCUCACCCCGAAGCCUCCCCAGCAUCAUGUUCAGGCUUUAACCAACAGCCCACUCAGUCACAGCAGAGCAGAGAGUCCACGGAAGCCGAUGAAGAGGAGCACAAGAAGGAUGAGUCCGUCUUAUCGCCGCGCCUCUCUGAGCCCGACGCGUCGUAGCAACCCUAGUCGUCACAACUCCUCCUCCUCGGAGCACGCACCUUCUGACGUUGUCAUCGAGGAGGUGAUACAGGAGGAGCAACAAGAUGUUGUCCCUCCCACUGGACCUGCGUUGGCCAAUGACAAACGGAGGACACACAGGAGAGGAAGUAGGCACAUGUAUGGUGGUAGGAGGAACGUCAGUCAAUUGGUGGUGGUGACACACGUGGUCAAUCCCUGUCACUUCUAUGUACGCUACGUGGCAGAGAAGUGGGAACAUUCUCUCUUGUCCAAGAAAGUCAACUGCUUUUGUGCACAAGACAAUAGCUGCUUCACCUCCAUUGACACAGUGGAAACUGGCUCUGUGAUCUUCGCAAAGGGCAAAGACGGUCUUUGGUGUCGGGCCAAUGUGCUGGAGCUCUUCCAAAAUGGCCAUGAGGGGACAGUGGACGUCUGCCCAGUCUCCCAGCUUAGCAGCGUGCAAAUCUUCUUCACUGACUACGGCUUCACAGAGAACAUCAGCAUGGAAAGGUUUUGCAGGGAGGGCGCGACUCCAGAGUCCUUGGUGAACCAUGUAAAUUACCACCUGAGAAAGGUGAACGAGGCUGUGAAUGCAGAGAUGGCCCGCUUUUUUCCUCAGGCCGUCCGGUGUUCCCUCAAGGAUCUUGUCCCCUACUGCCUGACAAAGGGGUGGAGCCAAGAGGCACAGGUGGAGUUUUGCAGAGUGGUGGGUUCUGCUGCUGUGGAAAUGCAUCCUUUGGGUCAGGACAGAGACUUUCUGCUCGUGGACCUAAAGAGAGGUCCAGUGGACCAAUCCAGUGACGUUGCUAUUUCUGUCAGAGAAUACUUGGUGUUUGUGGAAGUGGCCAGGUUUUAUUGUCCAGUUAAGCCUGGCAGGAGGCCGCUCAAGUACUAUUCUGCUGUGUACCCCAAAAUCCUCAUCAAGUACAACGCAGUGGUGUCACACAUCAACAGCCCUGGUGACUUCUACAUUCAGCUGACUGACAGCAUGGAGUCCUUGUUGCUGUCAGCCAAGCUUCAGGAUUGUUACAACGCCAAGGUGACAGCUGGAGAUGACGACCUCGUCAUUUACUGUCCUGUCAUUGGACAGGCUUGUGUGGCCCGUUUUGAAGACAACUCGUGGUACCGAGCUGAGGUCAUAGGUCAUCCGGGGGACAGAAAGGUGGAAGUCCACUACAUUGACUUUGGAAAAAAGGCAACAGUGUUGGUCAGCGACUUGAGGAAGAUAAAGGAUGAGUUCUUCUCCCUGCCAGUCUUGGCCAUCCGGUGCUGUCUGGCAGACGUGCUUCCACUGUCUGGAGAGACGUGGCGUGACGGUUGCAUCAGUCGCUUCGUCAGCCUGGCUCAUCACAAACUCUUCGAAGUUGUGGCCACAGAAAAAUCCCCCAAGACAGAACCUCUGCCAGUCAAACUGUAUGAGAGUGACUCGAUCGGCUCAGUCACUAACAUAGCUGAGGUGCUAAUUGCAGAGCAGCUAGCCUGCUCGAAAGAGGGACUCAAGUCCACCGACGCAGAGGUCGCAAACGAUGGCGCCAUCUGGGACCUGCCGAUUGGGCUGAAUGCUGACGAUAGGGCUCUCGAUCCUUCUGACGGCCACGACAGCAGGGGGGUUCAGUUCAAGCCUCAGCUCAGCUUCCCCAAAAGUUUGAAGGACGUGAAGGUCCGAGUGAGCCAUGUCGCCUCGCCCAGCAGCUUCUUCGUCCAGUUCGCCCAAAGUGACGCUCAGCUCAAGAGGUUGAAUGAGCUUCUGAAGGAGGAGUGUGAGCGCUUGGAGGCUAAAGAAGUGGAGUGGAAGCCCGACAUGACCUGUGCAGUUCACAUAAACGGAGUUUGGGAACGAGGACAGAUCUGCUCCGAUGUCACGUCCAGCAGCGUCGUGGAGGUGAAGCGCUGUGACCACGGCAACAAGGUAAAGCUGGAUUUAGGCAACCUGCGGCCUCUGCCGUCCUCACUGGAGGGUUCCUUUGCGCUGGAGUGCUCGCUGACGGACAUCAGGCCAGCAGGGGGCCAACCCACAUGGACCGCCACAGCCUGUGACUUCAUGUCCUACUACCUGUCAGGAGCCUCAGCUCUCAUUACCAUCCAGGAGCUGACGGAUCAGCGUCCGGUACCGGUCACCUUGCUGUGCACCGACAAGAUGGGAGAGUUGGUCAGCAUCUCUGACUUUCUGGCCAGCGAGGGUCUCGCCCUCAGGGAGAGGAAGCCGGCAGCUGAAAAACUCCAAGAAAGCAGGAUGCAAGCGGAGGGUUCAAAAGCGGCGAAAACAAUGCCGAUGCCUCCUGUUUCCUCCUUGCCAACCCCGCCCGUCCGCCCUAAACCCACCCCACGUACCACCAGGCCCACUGAGAAGGUGAAAACAGACUUGUACAAAGCACCUGAGCUGCCUCGGCUGGGCGUCAAUCACAUGACCGUCUCCGCCGUAAGAGAGGACGGCCUCAUCUACGCCAGAACCCAAAAUGCAGUGUGUCUUUUAGCGCAGCUGCGGGAAAAGAUCCAGCAGAGCAUGAAGACGCUGCCCAAUCAGAAGCCGUACACCUGGAAGACGGUCCAGGGCUGCGCUGUCAUCGGACCCGACAUGCUGUGGUACCGGGGUCAGCUGCUGGAGGUCAUGGGCGGACAUGUCAAGGUGCAGUACGUGGACUACGGCCUGGUGGAGAACAUUCCGGUGGUCCACGUGUACCCCCGCCUGCUGUGUGGCGACAUUCCUCAGCUUUGCGUGGCCUGUAGGCUGCACGGCGUCAGCCCUGUUGGCGGCAGCUGGCAUCAGAAUGCAGUGGAGCUUCUCAAGGAGACACUCCUGUAUCGCCAUGUGGACGUGGACGUGCUGGAGGUGCCCAGUGACCCCAGGCAACCUCUGACAGUUGAGAUCUUCAUAGACGGAAUGAGGCUCAACACCAUCCUGUGUCACCACAAACACGUCACGAUGGACUCCACAGCACUGAAGACACCUUCCCUGCCAUCUGCUGUCACCAUCCUGGACGGGUGGGACUUGGACACAGAGGGUCUGACGGAGCCUCAGGAGGUGCUGCUGGGGCCUUUCACGGAGUCGAGCCCACCUCGGGAGGGAGAGCAGCUGAAGGUCCAAGUGAGGCACCUGCAGACUCCCAACGAGUUGUUCCUGUGCUGGAAGGACACCACUGACCUGCUGGUGGAGGGUGAAACUCUGGACCAGCUUCUGACCACGGUCAACGCCGACAAGGACGGUCUGCAAGCACUCACCAACUUCCCUUAUGGCGGUCCGUGUCUGGCAGAGUACAGCAACGGAAGCUUCUACCGAGCAAAGAUAAUCGAGAUCAUCAGCGCAGACCCCGUCAUGAUCCUGGUCCAGCAUGUGGACUUCGGCUCUCACGACACCGUGCCCACCAGCAAGCUGCGUCAGAUGCCCGUGGAGCUGCUGCGGUUUCCCGUCCAGGUCCUCAAGGUCCAUGUGGCCGGCUUCAAGGCCCCAAGUGCCAGUGUGGAGGGCGAGGUGCUUCCCUACAGUCCAGAGUGGAGCGUGAAGGCCACGCUGGCCAUGAUGGACCUGCUGCACGGCAACCUCACAGCAUCAGUGGAGACUUGGGAGCCGGAGCUGUCGGUGUUGCUUUACAACGAAGACGGGGACUUGGUCUUUUUGCCUCUGGUGGAAAGCGGCCUUGUUGAACUUCAGUGAAGAUCCAGUUCCGUUUUUUUUUUUAUUAUUAUUAUUUUUAAUUCUCAUUUUUCAGUUUUGCAUCCUCUCUCUGCAGGUUCACCAGAUGUCCUUCCUGUUGGGUUUUUCAUUUGCACGUCACAAAGGAAGUUCUUGCUUUCACUAAAACAGUUUGUUUGGCAGAAGCGCAUUCUUGAAAGGUCAAAGUUUUUUCUUUCUCAACGCUUCUCAUGUUUUAUCACUCGACUGUGCAAAACUGAGAACAGACGGCAUUAGACAGACGGACAUUAAAGCCUGUUGUUCUUCAACGCA